UUUAAAUUUGAUUCUGAAGACUCUCAGUGGUGAGUUCUUUGUUGUUGUUGUUUUGCUUUUGCUAUCUUCCAAGGGGCUUUAAGAAGUUUCUUCGGGGGGAAAUGGCUCGUACGAAGCAAACUGCUCGUAAAUCAACUGGUGGAAAGGCUCCGAGGAAGCAGCUUGCCACUAAGGCGGCUAGGAAAUCUGCUCCAACAACUGGUGGUGUUAAGAAGCCUCAUCGUUACCGUCCUGGAACUGUGGCUCUCCGUGAAAUACGUAAAUAUCAGAAGAGUACUGAGCUUUUGAUCCGGAAGUUGCCCUUCCAACGUCUUGUCCGUGAAAUUGCACAAGAUUUCAAGACGGAUUUGAGGUUCCAGAGUCACGCAGUGCUAGCCCUUCAGGAGGCCGCCGAGGCUUAUUUGGUUGGUCUGUUUGAGGACACCAAUCUUUGCGCUAUCCACGCUAAGAGAGUCACAAUUAUGCCCAAGGAUAUCCAGCUAGCUAGGCGGAUCCGUGGUGAACGUGCUUAAUUAGGUCUCUCAUUUGGCCCAUUAGCUGUGAAGAACUUGUAAAUUUGAAAAACUGGGGCAAAAACCCAAUUCCUCUAAUCACAUUCAAGUUGGUAGUGUUUUUAUGUAAUAAUGAUUAUGGUACUGUUUGUUUUUGUUGCUUUAAAACUUUGUCAAGGGCUGGUGUGUUAGAAUAGAGAGAAUUGAAUAUUUAUUGUAGGAUUUCAGAAGGAUAAAGCUGGUUUUUACAACCUGCUUGACAACAUUGCAUCUGACUCGUGUGUAAUAUGCUUUUGUGGUAAUGAAUUCUCUUUUAUUAUCAAUUGAAUAAAAUUAUAGAAGCUGCAAGUUAUCUUA